AUGACACAACUUGACGUUAAGCCAGUCAACUGGAAAAAGAGUGCGAAGAGCGGUGUGGGUGACAUAUGUGUAGCAACCAUCAGAUACAAUGGCGUCGAGCUAGCAUUGCCUAACGUAUACAUAAGCCCUGAAUCAUCCAAGGCUGAUAUACAGAAGUUUCUCUUCCUAAAGCUCAUACAAUACAGCAAGGUCAAGCUACCCGCCAGUGCUCAUGACAACACGAAAAACAGGGGUAUGUUCAUGAUGAUGAUAGAAAUAGAAGAAAUGCAGGCGUACGACUUGUCCAACGUCGCUAACCUCACCUUGGCGGAAGGUCACCACGGAGAACUCUCGUUCCAGAUGAAACAAAUCCAGCAACUGGCUACUCCUUCGCAUCCCUCGGCUAUGUGGAUUAAACUGCUGAACAAACACUUCGGGAAAACCUACAGGUUUACUGAAACAGAUCGAAUUCUCGUCACCAAUGUGAAGCUGCUGCAAGCGCUCGACAGGCUCUGCCAGCUCUCCUCGCCGGAGGACAUUCUGCGCUACAUAUCCUGGACCGUCGUCCAACUUCUUGGCUGGAUGGCAGACCCGACCUUGCCGGGCCGCCCGCAGUCCGCAGCCACUGAAGAUCCCCGAUCCGUAGACUGCUUCUGGGCAGUCGACCGCGUCUUUGGGCUCGCCUCCUGGUCAAGCUACAUCACCAGCCGCUUCCCGACGCCCGUCCGCGCUGACGUGGAUCGCAUCCUCAGCUCCAUCGUCCAGAGCACCGUCGACAUGCUCCUACGGUCCUCUUGGAUCGACAACGCCACGAAAGAAGUCGCUGUUCACAAGGUCCGUAACAUCCAGACCUUGCUGUGGCCUCCGGAGGAGUUCUUCAACGCCACCGAAACCGCCGAUCUCCUGAAACCAUUCCCGGACCCGAGCGACUCUGUCAUCUCGAGCUGGCUUCGAGCAUCUAUCGUACGACGAGGUCUUCUAGGCAGAGCCGGCUUCGAGAGUCUUCUGGACGCCGACAGCGAUCUCCGGUCACUCUUCAGGUACCGCUACUACGUGAACGAACUGGCCGUAUCCCUAACCGCAGUGAGCAGUCCGCUCUACAUCCAAGGGGCGACGAGUGCCCUCAACUAUGGGGGACUCGGUGUCCACUACGCGACGACGCUGGCUAGGGCCUUCGACCACAAGGGAGUCCUGGUGGACGCUCUGGGUCGUGGAACGCUUUGGUGGUCCAGGGCGUCGUAUCCCGCGUACGAAAGUAGGAGUUCGUGCCGAGGUGCCGACGGCGCUGAAUCUACGAAAACUGAUAUGGACGGCGUGACGGCGCUGGGCGUUGCUUACGACGCUUUCAAGGUAAAUCGCGCGCUGUCUUUAAGAAAAAUAUCCGAUGCCAAGUUUUUGGGGAUGUCUGAGGACCAGGUGUUCUUUGUGGGUUUUUGCCAGGCCUUCUGUGCUUCGGUUCCAACAGAACAGCAGCGGUCUUCGUGCGACGCGCCACUGAAGAACUCUGGCGAAUUUGCCAGGGCUUUCAACUGUCCGCUGAACUCGCCGAUGAACCCGAGUGUUAAGUGUUCUUUCUUCGAUGAUGCGGGAGGACGAAGUCGUCCGUCGGCUUCAGUGCCGACAAUUACGACCCCGCAUCCGGGUGAAGACAAUAUCGGAUAUCACGAUUAA